AUUCUAGAACGCAAAUCGGGUGCCACAUGGCACUUCAGCAUGGUCACUAUAUCUUAUAAAGGGUUGUGCUCGCAAGUCUCAACUUUACGAUAAAAAUCUAUAUCAUCUUCAUUCCUAUCAUCAACGUACAGUACUCGAUUAUAUGUCGUCAUCAUGAAAAUCUCUUGGACCAUCAUUGCCAUCGCUCUCGGUCUCUCCACCACUGUCGUCGCCGGUGGGUGUAAGACCUCCGAGUGCUGCGACAAGCAAGCAAACAAGUGCCGUACGGCCAAGGACGCCAACCAGGCGUACUGUUCCGCAGAGAAGGCCAAGUGCUAUGUUGAGGCGGGACUCAAAGAUCCCUUUGGAGGAUGAACGGGUUUGAUUCGGGGUUCUCGAUGAGGUCUAGCUCCUGUGUUCUGUCUAUUGAUUGAUGCCAUGUUGCUUGUUGUUAUAUAAUUCGCGAACUGUCCGUUGUAUGUGAAUUGA